CCGGCUCGCACGGGGACUGGAGACAAUUGAUCUGCGGGAGCUGGCUCUCGCUUGCUCUUCAACGUGAUGCGCUGUGUGCCAGCCUUGCACGCUCGCCUUCAGUAGUUGCUGGGCUGGCUGCACGUUGCAUUGUUGCCGGCGCUCUCCGGAGAGGAUCGUGCUGGAGCGGCCGCCCCACCUACCCCCCAAUCCAGCCCGCGGCUGGUCGGAGGAACUUUUCUCUUUGCCUCAAGCAGGCGCCUGAGCAGCCCCCGCCCCAGCAUCCCGCCAGCCCCACGUGCGCUCGGGAGGCGAGCGCCUGGCCGCAGCCUCUCCGCGGGGCUCGCAGAGCUGGGAGCGGGCGCCCGCCGCCGCCGGCCGCGGGGGGCUCUGCAGGGGCGGGACUGGCCCCGAUGCCGAGGGAAGGUGCCCGGCGGCGGCGGCAGUAGCGGCGGGCAGGGCAGAGGCGCAGCCGGGGCGGGAGGAUGCCGGCGGCGGCGGGCGACGGGCUGCUGAGCGAGCCGCCGGCGGCGGGGUUCGGCGAGGGCGGGGAGCCGAGGAAGCCGCCGCUGGGCUCGGAGGGAAGUUUCCUGCCCGCCUGGGUCAGCGCAGCCGGGGCGCGGGAGCGGCUCCGCGACUUCCAGCACACCAAGCGCGUCGGCAACUACCUCAUCGGCAGGAAGCUGGGAGAGGGGUCCUUCGCCAAAGUGCGCGAGGGGCUGCAUGUGGUGACCGGCGAGAAGGUGGCAGUGAAAGUUAUUGACAAGAAGAGAGCCAAGAAGGAUACCUACGUCACCAAGAAUCUGAGACGUGAGGGGCAGAUCCAGCAAAUGAUCCGACAUCCCAACAUAGCUCAGCUGCUGGAUAUAUUGGAAACUGAAAACAGCUACUACCUUGUCAUGGAGCUGUGCCCUGGGGGCAAUCUAAUGCACAAGAUCUAUGAGAAAAAAAGACUGGAAGAAUACGAAGCACGUAAAUAUAUCAGGCAGCUUAUUCUAGCAGUGGAGCAUCUUCAUCGGGCCGGGGUGGUUCACAGAGACUUGAAGAUAGAAAAUCUGCUGCUAGAUGAAGACAACAAUAUCAAGCUUAUUGACUUCGGCUUGAGCAACUGUGCGGGUAUCUUGGGUUACUCUGAUCCAUUCAGCACACAGUGUGGCAGCCCGGCCUAUGCAGCCCCAGAACUUCUUGCAAGGAAAAAAUAUGGUCCCAAAAUAGACGUUUGGUCCAUUGGAGUGAAUAUGUAUGCUAUGUUGACUGGGACUUUACCUUUCACUGUGGAGCCAUUCAGUCUGAGAGCUUUGUAUCAGAAAAUGGUGGACAAAGAAAUGAACCCCUUCCCUGCCCAACUCUCCACAGCGGCCAUAAACUUUCUACAAUCUCUGCUAGAGCCAGAUCCUGCAAAGAGACCAAACAUCCAGCAAGCUUUAGCAAAUCGUUGGCUUAAUGAGAAUUACCCUGGGAAAGCACCGCAUAAUGUCACGUAUCCAAACAGAAUUCACCUAGAAGACCUCAGCCAAAGUGUGCUGCUCCAUAUGACUGAAAAGCUGGGCUACAAGAACAGUGAUGUGAUCAACACUGUCCUCUCUAAUAGGGCAAGCAACACUCUUGCCAUCUACUUUCUACUUAAUAAGAAACUAGAGCGCUAUUUGACAGGCCUGAGAAAGUCAGAUGUCCAUGACAACGUUUGCUAUAGGAACCAGCUAUACCAGAUAGAAAAAUACAAGGUGAACCAAGAUGCCUAUGAGGACAAAAAGCAAAAAGAACAAGAAAAGAAAGGGGAGCUUCUCCACCGCCCACUCCCAAAGAAAACAGAGAAAAAUUCACCUUCUUACAGACAGCCCUCCUCCUGCCUUAUUGCACAGAUACAGAACCCCAAGGCACUGCUGAAAGAGCGAAAAAGCACCAAGACUGGUGUUCCCGAGAAAGAUUCUACUGGUGGUUUAAGCCCUUACCAUGAACCCAUGGCAACCAAGACCGGCUGCGUCACUUCCUGUUCUCUGGAAUAUCUGGAAAUCCAGCCACCUCUUCCAAGGACACCUAGACUCCUUAAGAGGCAAGAUUCUCCUCAGCAAGAGUCUGCAAGCAUCAGAAGUCAGACAAAGGAUGCUCCUUUGAUCCUGAAUAUUGUGCAUUCUUUUGAAUCUGUUGAUAGAGAGGACCAAAUAGAUCAGAUUUCCCCCUCUCACCAGUAUAGAAUUUUAAGUUCACCAGUGAAUUUUAGUUAUAAAAGCUCAAGUGAAAGGACACUAUCUCCACUUCUCCAGCCUGGAAGCGCAUCUCCUGCCAAAACUCCAGUUCAUGGCACUCAAGUCUCUUUCACAUAUGAAGAAAAGACAAGUCCUUUGAGAGAAGAAGUCGUGUCUCCUACUCAGCCAGCUUCAAAUAAUCUUUCCAAUCCUUUGGGGAGCCCUAACUGUGUUAAAAGCAGAGGCAGAUUCCCCAUGAUGGGGAUUGGACAGAUGUUACGGAAAAGGAAUCAGACAAUGCAGUCAACCACUGACAAGUCGCUGGAAGCAAGAAUGCCUCAGUUGCAGCAAAUGAACCCAGCACAGAUUUCAUUUAAUGCAGCAGAUGCUGUGAACGGCCAGUGUUAAUCUGACGCUCUUGAAAGCCAGGAUUUGCAGUGCUGCUUUCUAGGGCUUCAAAUGUUAUAGAAGAAGAGAAAACUGCAGGCAUGUUGAUCUCCCUAUAUAAUAUAUUAUAGCAGCCAGCCUGGCAAAUCAAAGGUCUACUUGUAAUGUUUUGAUGGGUUCUAGUUAUUGAAAUUGAAAGAAGAGGGCCCAGCUUAUGCUGUUAAGAAAAUUUAGCAAAGGUGACAUUCAUUUGGUUUGACUCUACAGUGAAAUGCGUCUUAAAAGAUCUACUGAAAAUCUACAUAAGGAGAUGCUAUAAUCUAGUAUUACAUUAAGAUUUUUAGCAUCAAAAGAAGAGCAAGCACAACAGCUUGAUUCACCAGUGUUACCUGCAUUAAUAAACUUGCCCUUGGCUUUCUGCUGCCAUGACUGCUGGCCCCAGCUAGGAACUGUGAUUGAAACUACAGUCGGUCUCGUAUCGUACUGACACAGGUAUUGUUCAUGUGGCUGAAGUAGAGGCAAAACACUAGAGAUUGUAUUGUUGAGACCAAGAGCUACACUUCUAAUUCAAGAACAGGCUCCACCAAGAAGGAAAAGCAGAUCAAUGAGAACUUGGAUAACAGCAUGAGUUCUAGACAUUCAGAGCAAGUGAAGGCUUUGAUUGUCAAAGCAGAUUUUACUGUUAAUCUUACAAACUAGAUAAUAGUUGAAUUUUUUUUUCUUAAAGAAAAUGUUCAUUUUAUAGGAGGUAUUAUGGAAAAGAAACAUUGUUUUAAAACUAGUUUGGUCAAAUUGACAUUUUCCUGCUCAACUCAUAAGAGAGGUCUGCAAGUGGAUGAUUAAAACAAUAGUCAAAACUGCAACUUGGUCGUUCAAACAAUCCAGUCACCUCUGACUUUUGUAUUUGUACUAAUUCUGUGGAAGACAUAAUGGGAGAAUUACAUUAACCUCUGUUUUAGCAAAAUAGCAUUGACCAUACAAGAAGGCUUCUCUGAGAGACUGCAGUAAAUUUAAAAGAGUUAAAAGGACACACCAGUGCCAUUUCAGACUGCAAGGAUGGUAAUGCAGUGGUUACCAAAAAUUUAGUAGUAUUCUGAGAUAUGAAGAUUAACUUUCCUAACAGGCAACAUACUCUACACACUGGCAUUCUUUUCCUAAGUAAACAAUACAUCUGAAUAAAGGGGGUGACAUUUUUGGUUAAUUUUUUUGCAAACCAUUUGCUAUAAACUUAGACGGUUUAACCAAAGACUAUUUUGUGGUUUGUCUGUACUGUGCUGGCAUAUGAGUUGUGUGUACAGGAUUGUUUGAUAACUUUUAUCACUAACCCGGGUCAGUGGCAGGUAACCACCAAUUAUGUAUGUGCUUCUCCUUCCUCCCGCCCCCUCCACAUGUAGUCAAUGCGUUCUAAUGCCUUUUUAAAAGACAAGGCAGAAAAAAGAGCAAAAAAAAAAUGGCUCAGGGGAUUGGUAAUGAAAUAUGGGGACCUUCAUCUCAAGAUCAUCAUUUUGAAUCCAACCCAUAUCUUCCUGGCCAUAGUUAUUAUUUGUGUUACAGUAGCACUAGAGGUCCCAGCUGACACUGGGGCCCCAUGGUGUCAGAUUCUGUGCAAAAGCAUAGUAAGAAACCUUACCCGCUCUGAAGAGCUUUUGGUCUAAAUUGAAAAGACAAAGGGCGGGUGGGGAAAUAGGAGCACAGAGAGGUGAAGUGACUUGCCCACGGUCACACAGUAGGUCAGCGACAGCCAUGAGUAGAAGUCUGAUGACCUGACACCCAACCCAGCACCCUGUUCUCUAGGCCACACUGCCUCCUAAAUUAUUACUCCUGCUUGAUGGCCUAUGUGACCUGAGGUAAUGGUUAGUCCAGCUACUCAUGAGAUAGAUAGCCCUCUCACUCAAAUAAUCCCCACAUUGGGAACCAUUGCUGGCACUGCCAACAGAGGAUCAGGACUUGAAUGGGCAUGGAGGAGGAAACACCUUCUUACCCUUGGAGAUGAGCCGUUCAGGUCACAGCUAAAGUUAUGUGGUAGGUCAGUAUAGGGAGCCUUGCUCUGUUUGAUGUACAGAGGGUUCAAGUCUCUGGGGCUGUCAGACCAGCACUAGAAAAUAUAUAGAUAUAUAAUGUCCCCCAGAUAGUUCAAAUGGUAUUUUUAAAUAUAACUAAAAACAUUUUUACACAUUUUUGGGUUUCAAAGUGUCCUAUUUUAUUUGCAUCAAGCACCUGUGCAUCUUCUGGGUCCAUUUUACCGCUGCCAUUUGUGUAAACCAUCAGGUAUCUUUUUUU